AUGGACAUCGAAGCCUUUCGUAAAGCAGGUUAUGGGGCAAUUGAUGCAAUAUGUGAAUAUUACAAUUCCAUUGAAAGCUUUCCUGUGAUGGCACAAGUUGAGCCAGGUUUCUUACGUGAUUCGUUACCGGAAGAAGCACCGGAAAAAGGUGAAGAAUGGAAUUUGAUUGCAAAAGAUUAUCAAGAAAAAGUUUUACCGGGAAUCACACAUUGGCAACAUCCAAACUUUCAUGCUUAUUUUCCUGGUAAUACAACAUUUGAAGGCAUGUUGGCCGAUUUGCAUGCCAGUGCAAUUUCUAAUCCAGGCUUCAAUUGGUCCGUAUCACCAAGUGUGACAGAAUUGGAGUUGAUCACAUUAGACUGGACGGCAAAGAUGUUUGGCUUAAGUGAAGAAUUUCAUACUACAAGUGCUCAAGGCGGCAGUAUCAUUCUCAGUAGUGCAUCAGAAAUUGCGAUCACCGUGGCAGUUGCUGCCCGUGAAAAAAUCUUGGCCCAGAUGAUCGAAAAGAACGCAUCAGCAGAAACAACGAUGGAAGAAAUAACAUUCUGGAAAGGAAUUGCAACAAGCAAAAUGAUCAUUUAUGGCAGUACACAAACACAUUCUAUCGGUAUAAAAGCGGCAAUGAUUCUGGGUUUGCAAUUUCGAGCGAUUGAAGUGACUAAAAAGGAUGGUUUCGCACUCCGAGGAGAAGCAUUGACAAAAGCCUUGGAAGAUGAUCAAGCCAAAGGAUUGAUACCAUUCAUGUUGAUCGGAACGGUUGGUACUACAAGUUCAGGAGCAGUGGAUCGUCUUGAUGAAAUUGAAGAAGUACUCAAAAAUUAUCCAGAUAUUUGGUUCCACAUCGAUGCAGCUUAUGCCGGUGUCUGUUUAGCCUUACCGGAGAUGCGUACAAAGUGUCAUCUUGAUGUGAUCAACAGAAGAGUCAAUUCCUUCUCCACAAAUUUGCACAAGUGGGGUUUGAUCACUCUGGAAUGUUCAACACUGUAUGUUCGUAACCGUGUAGACCUCUCCAACGCACUCACGGUAACACCUCAAUUCUUGCGUUCAAAACAAGGUGAUGCGAACUCCGCUUUGGAUUUACGUAACAUGCAAUUAUCCCUUGGUCGACGAUUCCGUUCACUCAAGCUCUGGUUCACACUUCGUUCUUACGGUCAAGAAGGUUUCCGUCAACAUUUACGUAAAGGCAUUGCACUUUCUCAAAUUUUCAAUAAGCUCAUUGAAACCCAACAAGCACCACUUAAGAUCGUUGCGCCUCCUCAAUGGUCUUUAACGGUGUUCAGAUUGGAGCCAGUGGGUAUGACAGAUGCACAACAAUUGGACACACUCAACAGACGAUUCUGGGAGGAACUUCAAACACGCAAUGACGCCAUCCUUCUCACGCAAACAACAUUGCCAGAGAUUGGUUUCUGUGUGCGAUUUGUGUGUGGCACACCAUCUGCAAGAAUGGUCCACAUUGAAAAAGCGUAUGCGAUUAUUUGUCAGAUUGCUUUAAAGGUGUUACAAGAUGCUCAAUAAACACACUUGCACCCCUCACGGCAGUACAACAUUGCCCUUGAUGCAAACGAGUGUACGACCACCAACCCAAAUCUUUCCGUCAUCUUCCUGUUUGAUGUACAACCUUCCAGAUCGAUCUAAGCAUGUUCCUUGUGCAACAAUGAAUGAUAAUCUAUCAUCUUUUACCGCCUCGGCAGGUUUCGUAUUCCUGAACCAUUCUCCAAGACCGGCGCUGGAUUUGAUAAGAAUGAUUAGUACUUUCUUUAUCCGCAUUUUUUCUCGUUAUUACUCACCUAAAGCUUCCCGUAACUGGAUCCUCAAGUAUACCAUCUCCCGGUGCAAAUGUUCUCACUUCUAAUGUAGCGCCGUCAGGAUGUUGGCCAGGCUUAUAAGAACCCAAGAUACCCCACAUACCUUUCCCGGCU